UAGGUUUCGCAAGGUUUGCAUUGACGGUAGUGUGCGUUUCUCUGUUGGAAGAAUUUAGUCGUUUUGGCAUGAAAUUCGUGUACAGCAGUAUUUGAAUUUUUGGAGGCAUGUCCAAGAAAAGGGGCAGAAAGCGGAGUAGCGGGGAGCUGAGUGACACCACAGUGAUGACCCCUGACCCCAACAGUCUCCUGGGAGUGAGAAUACAACACACCUGGAGGGAGAAGGGCAACCAGAGCAAAUGGAAAGGCACCGUCCUGGACCGUCUCAAUGUCAACCCCUCACUAUUCAUGGUCAAGUACGACGGGUUUGACUGUGUCUACGGCAUCGAGCUAUUCAAGGACGAAAGGGUGUCUAAUCUACAGGUUCUCACAGAUAAACAUGUCAACAACAAGAUCAAGGUUCCUCACGGGACAGAGGAUUUGGUAGGCAAAGCGGUGGAGCACCUUUUUGAGAAGGAGGAUGGAGAGAAGAACGAGUGGCGAGGCAUGGUCCUCUCCAGGGCUCCCAUCAUGACUAACUGGUAUUACAUCACCUAUGAGAAGGACCCAGUGCUAUACAUGUACCAGCUGUGGGACGACUAUGCCGAGGGAGAUCUCAGGAUCUUACCUGAAGCAGAAAAUAAGCACUUGCUUCCGGCCGACCGAAAGCCAGGCGAGGAGACUGAGAGUCUUGUGGGUAAGCAGGUGGAGUAUGUUACUGACAAAGGUGUGAAGCGAACAGGCCUAGUGAUCUACCAAGUCCCUGCCAAGCCCUCUGUAUACUACAUCAAAUACGACGAUGACUUUCACAUCCAUGUCUAUGACCUGGUCAAGACCACAUAGGACACUUGUUUACUCACUGCAUCGCUUACUUUUCACUUAUCCUCCUCUCUAUCUCUCGAACUGCGCCCUGGAGGGUUUAAGAGUUAUGCUUUGUCAUUCAGGAAGUGCAAUCUAUUUGUCCACAUUGAAUCUAGUUCUAUGAUAUGCACAGCAGAACUGUAGCAAUGAUAUUGUAGGCCACUAGGAGAAGGGUGGGAACAUGUACACUUGGAAGGACCUUUUUACCCUCCCCACUUCUUUGGUUACCCCAUUUCCUGGUUGUGCUCCACCGUAGACUCACAUCUUGGACAGUCCAGGAGUGCACCUUGCCCUAUGACAGACACAUCUUGGACAGUCCAGGAGUGCACCUUGCCCUAUGACAGACACAUCUUGGACAGUCCAGGAGUGCACCUUGCCCUAUGACAGAUACAUCUUGGACAGUCCAGGAGUGCACCUUGCCCUAUGACAGACUUACAGUAUAGUGCAAGAAUGACCACAUUUCAAUUGUUUCCCACAUCCUGAUGCUUAAAUCAAAGCAGAACUGAAUUAUAUAUUAUAAAACUAAAAGCUGGCCCCAGUAGCCAUUCAUAUUUGGUCCUUGAAUGGCCAAACAGCGAGCAUGAUGUAUAAGUCAAUCUUUGUAGAGACUAGUUUGAGCUGUUUUGUUCAGUGAAGUGUUAGCUUUGAAAGUGAAAUGCAGUAAGCUGUGAUGCCCCUGAAAGCAUCAUUACGUUUUUUUGUUCUCUUUAUCAAUAGGCAACUAACUUUGUUUGAUUUGUCAGUCAGUUCAUAGACAAUCAUUCCUUGAUAAACCCACAGUGCUAUCAUUGGAUUCAUAGCACUGGGUUGCACUGGCCUAGGAGUAGUGUAUAGCAGUGUCUCCCAACUCCAGUCCUCGAGUAGCCUUAACAGCACACCAUUUUGUUGUUGGCCCGAACAACCUCACCUGAUUCAACUCAUUGAGGGCUUGAUGAUUAGUUAACCAUUGGAAUCUGUGUGCUUAUCCAGGGCUACAACAAAAAUGUUUGCUGUUGGGGUUAUUGGACAACUGGAGUUGAGAAGCACUGCUGUGUGGUGAUGGUUCAAACACUAUUUUGAACUGCCUAAUAUAACAUUCAUAAUGCUGAAUCAAGACUUGUUAGAAACAAGGAAUACAGGUCUUCAUAAAGUUAGGGCCAGGAUUUUUUCUUGACCACACAACCUGAUGACUUGUCCAGAUCAGGAAAAUUCCUGGCCCUAACAAUACCUGACAUGUUCAAAACAUCAUCAGACUGUAUGAUAAGCUUGAGGAGUAGAAUAGAGGCAGGACUUUACACUACAUUCUGAUCUUCAGUAGAAAACAAACAAGCAUCAUAAAGUGCCUUCAGGCUGAUCAUGUUGCCAUACUCUUAUAUAUUUGCUAACCUCUCACAAUUUUAUUCUGUUUAAUGUUAAAGCCACUAUUUGGUCAGUAUUAGUAAAAGUAAAAAAUGCUCAAAAGAAACAAACAUGUCAAAGACUGAGUGACAAGGUUGUUGCUAUUGUCGGUUUGUAUUAGAGAAUAUGUGCAAUGUUGGCAGUUACUGCAGUAUACAAUAAUUUCCCCCAAUAUAACAUCCAUGACCAACAACAAGUGGUAUAUUGUAGCAAUGGUAAGCCAUAAUGGUAAAACGCAUUGAGAAAAUAAAACAUUUAUAACACGUUA